GUCCCCGGCGCGUCCGGGAGAAGCGGCUCCGUGCCUUCUCCCCGCCGGCACGAUGGCGUCCCGCCCCGCUGCCGGCCCCCGCUUCCCGGGUUCUCAGCCGGAAGGCUUUAGUACGAUGAGAAGGCUGCAUCUGUCAAGGGGGAAUGUCAGCAUGGCCGUCCUGGGACGGGAGGACUGAAACAGCAGAAGCACCACCAUUAUUUGGGCAGGCUGCUUUUGACUACUGAUUGAAAUCUGCCGUGCAGCUGCGGUGGAAGAACAGGACAGUCUCCCCUGCUUGGUCUGUGGUAUCCGGUGUGACCAAGUGGGGUCAGCAUGAACGUGACAAGUUUAUUUUCCUUCACCAGCCCAGCGGUGAAGAGACUGUUGGGGUGGAAGCAGGGAGAUGAAGAAGAAAAAUGGGCAGAGAAGGCUGUUGAUGCGCUAGUGAAAAAACUGAAGAAGAAGAAAGGUGCUAUGGAGGAGCUGGAGAAAGCGUUAAGUUGUCCUGGUCAGCCCAGCAACUGUGUCACAAUUCCUCGGUCCUUGGAUGGCCGGCUUCAGGUUUCACACCGGAAAGGGCUGCCACAUGUAAUUUACUGCAGAGUGUGGCGCUGGCCAGACCUGCAAAGCCAUCAUGAACUGAAACCACUGGAAUGCUGUGAGUUUCCUUUUGGUUCAAAGCAGAAGGAGGUUUGCAUCAAUCCUUACCACUACAAGCGGGUAGAAAGUCCUGUUCUACCUCCAGUGCUGGUUCCACGGCACAGUGAGUACAACCCUCAGCACAGCCUCUUGGCUCAGUUCCGCAACUUGGGACAGAAUGAGCCCCACAUGCCACACAACGCUACUUUCCCGGACUCUUUUCAGCAGCCCAACAGUCACCCGUUUCCCCAUUCGCCAAACAGCAGCUAUCCAAACUCGCCUGGAAGCAGCAGUAGCACCUACCCACAUUCUCCAGCCAGCUCAGACCCAGGAAGCCCUUUUCAGAUGCCAGCUGAUACUCCUCCUCCUGCUUACCUGCCUCCGGAAGAUCAGAUGACACACGAUACCUCCCAGCCAAUGGAUACCAACAUGUUGGCACCUGGAAUCCACCCUGACAUACACAGAGGAGAUGUUCAGGCUGUUGCUUAUGAAGAGCCGAAGCACUGGUGCUCCAUUGUUUAUUACGAGCUGAAUAAUCGUGUUGGGGAGGCCUUCCACGCUUCUUCCACCAGCAUCCUGGUGGAUGGCUUCACUGAUCCUUCAAACAACAAAAACAGAUUUUGCCUGGGGCUGCUCUCCAAUGUUAAUCGCAAUUCCACCAUUGAGAAUACAAGGAGACACAUUGGAAAAGGUGUUCAUCUCUAUUAUGUUGGUGGAGAAGUGUAUGCUGAAUGCCUCAGCGACAGCAGUAUUUUUGUGCAAAGUCGAAACUGCAACUACCACCAUGGUUUCCAUCCAACCACGGUGUGCAAAAUUCCCAGUGGCUGCAGUUUGAAGAUUUUCAAUAAUCAGGAGUUCGCUCAGCUUUUAGCACAGUCGGUGAACCAUGGCUUUGAGACGGUGUAUGAGCUUACUAAGAUGUGCACUCUCCGCAUGAGUUUUGUAAAGGGUUGGGGAGCUGAAUACCAUCGACAAGAUGUAACAAGCACUCCAUGCUGGAUAGAGAUACACCUUCACGGUCCUCUUCAGUGGCUGGAUAAAGUACUUACUCAGAUGGGCUCUCCUCAUAAUCCUAUUUCUUCAGUGUCUUAAGGUCCCAAGCUCCUGCAUUUUGGAAACAAUUGAGCCUUGCAUGUACUUGAAGGACGUAUGAGUCAGACACACGCUUUUUUUUUUUUCCCCCCCUGAACUUGUAACAGCUGAAUAAGAGCCAUGGAAAUAAUUUACUUCUGCAACCAACUGUUGGAUUUGGGAAAAAAAAAAACGCCAACAAAACAAAGAAAAACAAAAAACAAGCCCUUUGGCGUCAUACUGUUGGUAUCAAGUAUUUUAGUUUACAUAGUAACAUUCUAUUGCAAAGUUGAUUUACAGGCCUUAUCGUAAAUGAGGCUACUGAGCCAAAACAACUAUCUGUUGGACCGAGUUCACAAAGGAGUUUCCUGUAGUUGGCAUUCUGAGAUUCUCUUCCUUUUUGAUAUCCAGCACUCUCUUAUUUUUUUUCUCCGCGUUGUCCUUUUGGGCUAAGAGCUGAUGUUGGUGAAACCUGCUUUUAACAGGCUUUCUGCAGUGUAUUUUAAAAUCAUUUAUUUAAACUGAUGGUUAGUCUCCUCUUAAGACAAAAAAAAAAGAAACCAAACGAACCAAAAACAACGACCCGAACACCUGACAUGAAGUUUUAAUAUCAAUAACUUGUAAUAAUCUUGGAAAUUGUGUCCUGACCAUACUGCUGUAAGAAUGUUAGGUAUGUUUUCUGGUAAAUGUACGGUGUUUAUGAAAGUUUAGAAAUCCUUUAGACGUAGACCCGUAAAGGAAUUAGGAGUAUUUGAAUGGGGGGAAGAGGGAGCGGGAAGAGAAGAUGACAACUGACAUGUAGAAUAUAUUGUAAACAUAGGUUGUUAGUUUAAACUGAGGUCUGAGUUUUGCUGUGCAUUUCAUUUUUAUAGUGGCUUCACCUUGUUAAUCCUGACUUUUGCUUGGACUCCUCCUUUUUCUCCCAGAGCAAUUAUGCAGCUGGUUAAUUCUUUCACCUGUGAAGAGGACGAAAUGAUUAGUUCCUGCAGUUUGAAGGCUGCAGCUCUAUGUAUUUCAAGACAAAGUUGUACAGUGUGCUCUUUAACUAUUGAGCAGUUUUAUACAGUGUAUGUAACAGAAAUAGGCUUUUAAUUUUGUAAGAGAAUCUUGUUUUGCCAAAUCUCGAAACUGUCAAUUGUUUGGAGGGCUUCAAAAUCCCCAUGUGGGUCUGUUUCAAACUUCUAAAAAAUAUAUAUAUUUUUAAUUUUUUUUACUGCUUGGUUUAUUUUCUUCUCUUUGAUCUUUUAUAUUCGCGUAAGCUGUAGAACUUUAAGUACCUUUAUUCCAAACUUAGUGGGUUCUCUUUACUGGAAGUUUUGAAUAAAACCUGUUGUUACUGCUUACAUUUGAUUAAAACUUCGUCUUGUCCACUUCUUAGUAGAUUUUCACAAACCAGAUAAAGAUAUGAUCUUGCGGGAGGAACGGCUAGGAGUGAAGAGACACUGACAUUUAUGGCUAGUACAGGUUAGUAACCCUACAGAAUUAGUAUGGAAGAUAAAUGAGCUCUCUAGAGGGAAAGACGACUUAAUUAUAGAAUAUAUUAACACGGAUGCAGUGACUCAGAAGUUCCAGUUAAUAAAAUUUGUGUUUUCAGCAUGCAAUAUCUGAAUGAGCAGGGAGUUUCUCUGCCUUUUACAGAAAUAUCUAGCAGAUUGUAGAUGGUGUAGAAGUGACUGAGUCAGUACAGGUGCAUAUUCACUGAGUUCUGAGAAACUCGGUAAGAAAUUCUUAUAAUGUAAGAACUCGAAUGAGCUAUGACUUCAUUUGUGGCCUUCUUUUUCUCUUGUUUCAGGAUAAACAAGUUACCCGAUCCUCUUUCAUGAAACAUUUAGAGAUCUCCUUUAAAAUGAAUACUUUCCUCCUUUACAGUUUUUUGUAAUCAUUUCUUUAAUCAUCAUUGUUUCAAUGCCCGUGUUCCAUGAAGAAAUUGUUUGGAUGCAGCUUUUGUGUAUCAGCCUUCACAAUCUCUUGUCUGUUUGCCUUGGGUUGGUUUGCCUUGUGCAGAGCAUUGCUGCUUCCCAGCUGUUUUGCUGGAGAUGUGCUGGAGGUGAAGGCUGUAAUGGCAGUGGUUUUUUUGUUUGUUUGUUUGGUUUUUUUUAAGAACCUUUAACAACAAUUUUUUUUAAUCUAGAUUUUAAAAAAUUAGAUUUCUUACAAAGUAGAAUGCACAAGCACAAGUCUUAAAAGUUUAAGUUAAAGGUGAUUAUAGAAGGAAAAUAAUAUUGUUUGCUGUUGGCUCACUCUGCCUUUUUUUUUUUUCCUGUCUUCAACCUCUACCAUAUUCAGUUUCAGCUGUUCCCAACCAGGUUCGUUUCUUCUGUUGGAAUACAGAAAUUGGGCAGCUUUUUUUUAAAGUGCUACAACCAUCCACCAGUCACGCAGGUCUUAAGUAAUAUAAGUGUUUCUGCCUCCCCUUAUAUGGAUGAUCCUGUAAGAACUAUAAUAAACUUUGAAAUAGCUUUGAAGUAAAGACA